AUGCCACGUACGGCAAAGCUGUCGGACGAAGAAGAGGCGUAUUUUGGGGGGCAUUCUCGGGCGACCGCGGCCAACCGCCCGUGGGUGACGUUGACUUGGGCCCAAUCUCUCGACGGCAUGAUCGCAGGCCGCCCGGGCACCCAGACGUAUCUGUCUGGCAUCAAGUCGAAGGCGGCAACGCACCUCCUCCGCUCCGUCCACUCCGCCAUCCUCGUAGGUGGCCGUACCGCCCAAGUCGACGAUCCGUCGUUAAACUGCCGGUAUCCUGGGAAGGACCGGUCGCCUCGGCCGGUGAUCCUGGAUCCGUCCCGCGUCUGGCAGAAGCCAGAGAAGAGCACCGUUCUGCGGCUGGCCAACGACAGCCAAGCCUCCUUCCCGCUGGUCGUGCGUCGCAGCGACGACUCCGGCGAGGAGAUUGGUUGGCCGAUGGAGACGGUCAAAAUCGAGGCCAAUGCGACCAUUCCCGACGGCCGCAAGCACAUCAAGUGGGACGACAUCCUCGCCGCGCUGCACGAGAGGCAUAUUGGCAGCAUCAUGAUUGAAGGCGGCGCUUCCAUCAUCCGCGACCUCCUCAAGCGGCCUGAUCUCGUCGACGAGGUCAUCAUCACCAUCGCUCCGACCUUCAUCGGCGAGCAGGGCGUCCCGAUUGCUCCGAAAGGCUCUGAGAACCCGGCCUCACUCAAGAACGUGCGGUACCUGCAACUGGGCGACGACAUGAUGAUGACUGGACAAUUGAGUGGCAGCAGCCCGCGGCCCAUGCCACCACCUCGCCCAUCGGGUUGA